AUGAGUGACAAUGCCCCCAAGCUUUGCUCAGCCUGCGCUGCCAUCAGUUUCGACAAGCUCUUCUUUCCAGACCCUGCCCCAUUCAAUCCCGGCCUCAGACCGCCUCCGGAUCCUUGUCUAGGUACACUAGAGGAAAUCUUGGAUCGCUCGAUAGAGUGCGAUGUCUGCAAGCUCAUCAUCGAAGCCCAUCGCCAACGGUAUAUACGAGCGCCCUACGGCUGCUCGACGAAUCAUCCCGAUUUCAGAAUUGAAGUCCCUGGCGAGGAGCCUGAAAUCCACGAGGAAGUCAAGACACAUGGGCUGCGACUUACAGUCAACAAAGAGCCUAUCAAAUGUUUCCUUGAAUCGCGAAAUUUCUCCUCGGACAGAAUUUUGCCGGAUUCAGAGGAUGGUCUUGAUCCGGAGACUGGAGGCGUGAAUCGUGUUCUACUCAGGCUAGAACCACGUCCCUGGAUGGCUAUACUCGCCAACUCGAUCACUUUGCAAGCUGUUUGGCCAUCAAAAGAGAGACAAACUACAAGCAAUGACAUUCCACUGGAUGGUACAGGUCGAAUGAUCGGGUCUCUGCUAGAUCUCUCAAUCCCUCAGCGCUGGAUCAAGCAAUGCGAAGACCAGCAUGGAGAGGAGUGUCAAAAGCCGAAGUGGCUAAGCGAUAGCGACACCGAAUGGCCUCAGAGAUGCCGAGUGAUCGAUGUCAAGGAACGUCGGAUCGUUGACCUUCUCCCGACCAUGCGCUACGUUGCUCUCAGCUAUGUUUGGGGAACUAGCGAGAAGGCGAGGAAAUCACGCUUUGAAAGACGUUUGACUCGAGAGAACCUGUCACGACUUCAGCAGCCGAAUAGUCUCGGAGAGAUCUACGUGCCUCAAACCAUUAGAGAUGCAAUGUAUGUUACGGAACAGGUCGGUGAGAGGUUCCUCUGGGUUGAUGCCUUGUGUAUCGUGCAAGAUGACCCUGCAGAUCUUGGUCAUCAGACCGCACGGAUGGAUCUGAUCUACUCCAAGGCACUCUUCACGAUAUUGGCUGCCUGCGGUGAAGACUCGACUUCUGGACUUGCAGGGCUCCCCAGUAAUCCACGAGAUGUCUUUCAACGACAAGUCAAAAUCUCAGCAAGCGGGCUGCAUGUCAUACCCCUCGUCACUCUAUCCGAAGAAGAUACUCUCCAAUUCUCGUCAUGGAACACCAGAGGCUGGACGUUCCAAGAGCGUCUUUUGUCUAGACGCUCACUCAUCUUUACCAACAAGCAAGUUUACUGGUGUUGUGAUGGCACGACAUGGGAGGAAGAGUCACUUCUCGACAUCCCUGGAUCAACAACCUUCGCUAGAUCAUAUUCAUUCGGAUGCUACGAUGAAUGGGACGAUAACGAAGCCAAAUUCUCUAUGGAAAGCUUUGAUACGUACAUAACGCAAUUCUCUGAGCGGAAGUUCACUUACCCUUCUGAUGUCCUCCCCGCAUUUCUUGGAAUCAUUCGUCGGUUUGAGCAUUUGAACAACGAGAAGAUACACUGGGGUCUGAACGCGAGCACUUUUGAUCAAGCCUUGACAUGGAAAUAUGGACAAAAUCGACGAGAUGAGACGUAUUCUUAUGUUUCUGGCGGAUGGGCACGCAGCGUUCCUUAUCCUAGCUGGUCUUGGCUUGGAUGGACUGGAUUUAUCGGGGGAAGUUCGAGUCUUCGCAUUGGGGAGGACUACAGUAAGAGGGGAGUCGGAGAUAUGAAGUCGCUCCUGGCGUUUUACUCGUUGAUGAGUGAUGGGAGCGUGUCUUUGAUCAAGGGCACUUCACUGAGGAGAGUGAAUGAUUACGGAAAGGAAGAAGACGUCAUGUCUACGGCUCCUGAGAAGUCUAGCCACGAUUGGAUCGGCGAUACGAAAGUAACUGGACUGAUAAAGAUGGAUGGUGUCUCACUGGCUUCUGAGUUGGAGUCACUGUCGGUCGAUCAAUCUCAUCAACCUUCGCCUUAUGACACAGGACGGAUAGUGUUUUGGACAAGCCACGCCAACAUAUCAAUUCAAAUCACCAACCGAGACGGCAUCCACAUGGAGACAUCCGAGGGACUAGUCAAGCUUGACUUAAAGCUGUCAUCGCCAUUCAUGAAGAUAUCUUACUAUCGUUUUGAAGAACCCUUGAACGAAGACAGCGAGCCAGGCGAGAGCAAGGUGAUGAACUUCUUGAGAAGAAAGCCCGUUGCGACAAGUCAUACCAUUAGCCUCAUUGUCAUAUCGAGGUACUAUGGGUUUUAUGAGGGUGAUGAUGAGGUGGUGAAGUUGAACGUCAUGGCUGUUGAGGAGAAGGUGCCGGGUUCAGGUGUUUGGAAUCGGAUUGGUUUUGGUGUUAUGAAGGAGGAGGAACUUUGCAACAUCGAGCUACGAGGACUGGAAACAUGGAAAGCCCAUGUCAAAAGUGACGGACAUGUUCAAAAGCUACAAGAGAAAGUCCAUGGCGAUACAGUGUCGUCAACGCCAACUUCUUCUUCGAAAUUGCCUUUGUCUUUAAGACAGACAAGAGACGAGUUUGAGGACGAUGACCCGGAAUCCGAAAGUGACGUUGAAGAUAAUGAUUUCGAAGAAGCCCAGGAACUGAUUGCUACAACAUUCGUCCCCGGUCACUGCCUCUUCUGCACCAAAGAUUCUUCAACUUUAGACGAGAGCAUGAAACAUAUGUCUACAGCACACGGCUUCAAUAUUCCCUUCCAAGAAUUCUUAGCAGUCGAUCUCGAAACGCUAGUCUCCUACUUUCACUUCGUUAUCAAUACAUACAGAGAAUGCAUCUGCUGCGGCAGGCGUCGGAGUACAGUCGGGGGAAUUCAGCAUCACAUGCUAGCUAAAAGCCAUUGCCGUUUUGACAUCUCACCAGAAACAGAAGAUUUUUACGAGAUACCGCAAUACGAAGAUGCCUUGAGGGAUAGAAAGCAGGAUGCAGGUGAUCCUGUGAGGCUACCUUCUGGGAGAGUCAUCUCACAUCGCAAACACGAAGAACCUCGCGCUCCUCGUCGAGAUGCACCAGAUCAAAAUCGCUUGGACUCUUCGGUAUCGCCAGAGCCAGGUCUGGAGAUUGCGCAUCGACGAACCGUCAAUGGAAGCCGAGAGGUUGUUCAGGCCAACGAAGCUAUCCUCGCUGCACAGCUCUCAAGGCUUAAGGUUACCAGCGACAGAGCAGCGCAGAGGGAGGAGAAGAGAUGGAGAGGGAGAUUGGAACGAGCGAAUAAUUUCUUUGCGCUGAAGAGGUUUAGGUUGGAUGCUGCGGAUAGUCGAAUGGGCCGCCAAUUUUGAGGCCAGUAUCAUCAAUUGACUGUAUUGGAGCG